AUGUCACAGAGGUAUAGUAAUGAAACGGUUCAAGAGAAAGGAAUAUCUCUCAUUGAAUCUGAGAGGUUACGGCACGAUCUUACAUUCCUAACGCCGUAUGUGUUUUACGAAGCCCUUUUAUUUGUAAUUGGAGUCGUGGGAAAUAUUCUCAUAAUUGGGACUAUCUUGAAAGUGAAAUCAAUGAGAACAUUGCCAAAUGCUUUUGUGUUCAGUUUAGCACUCUCGGACUUGAUGGUCACCUCCAUAUUGCAACCGUUCAUGAUGGUCGGCGCACUGAUGGGAGAACAGUUCAUCCUAAUACAAAGACCCGGCUUCUGUACGGUCAUCACAUAUGUCUGCUUUCAGAGUUGCAUUUCUUCAUGCAGCAACAUUAUGCUAGUCAGUCUCAAUAGGUACAUCUGCAUCUGUAAGAAUUCUUGGUACUCGAAGAUCUACUCGAGGAAAUCAGUUGCAGUUAUGAUCGUGGCUGCCUGGUUCAAUGGCCUUAUGUGGAAUGUUUUUCUGUGGGUCGGAUGGAGCAGCGUCGGUUUCCAGAGGAAACAAUUCACCUGUAUGCAUAACAGUCACAAGGACUUCAGUUAUACUGUUGCUGUUUUCACAGUUCCCGUUCUUACACCUGUAUUUGUAACGGCUGUAGCUUAUCUUAUGAUUUUUCUAAAAGUAAGGGAAUCCCAAAAGAGAAUUCAGGCAUUCGGUAAAAAGAAGGACAAGAAUCAAGGCACCAGUAGUGAUAUCAGACUAGCUCGGAUGCUGUUCAUUAUGUUUGCUAUCUUUUGCACAUUGUGUGCACCUUUCGCAUUGAUCAAUUUGUGUGAUUAUUAUGAUGAAGCUCCAUACUACUUGUACGUUAUCUUCAUACACAUGUUUCACACCAAUAGCGCUGUGAACUUCAUCAUAUUUGGCCUCACAAACAAGAACUAUAGGACUGGCUAUUCACUGUUAUCUAAUUAUAUACUGAUCAAGGUGUCCUGUGGGACAUACAGGUCAAGAGGCAAUGUGGAGAACGACAUUGACAAAAGUCAAAUGACACAAACAGUGACAGUUGCUACGACUGCAUAUAAUUAGCCUAAAGGGGAGAAUCCAGGUGUCAAAUGACACAAACAAUGACCUGACACAGUAAACAGUAAACUUCUUCAUAUACGACCUCGCCAACAAGAGUUAAAUGACCGGCCAUUCAUUGUUGUCUUAGUAUACAUAA